AGUUCCUCCCACUGCUGGUGGGCGUGAGUGCAGUGGCGAGGCCAGGGCAGGUGCUGGCAGUGGCGGGGCCGAGUGGGGCGGGCAAAUCAACGCUGCUGGACUGCAUCGGAGGGCGGAUUCAGGGGGGGAGACUUCGAGGAAGCAUCUUGGUGAACGGGCAGCGCAUGAGCGCAGGCGAACUCAGGCGUAUCUCAGGCUACGUGCAGCAGGACGACGCGCUCUUCCCUCACCUCACUCCACGCGAGUCGCUCCUCUUCUCGGCUCAUCUCCGCUUGCCCUCCUCCCUGCCCCUCGCCGACAAGCUCGCCCGCGUUGACGCUCUACUCGCCACUCUUGGUUUACAGCGCCGGCAGCAGCAGGGGAGGGGGCUAUCCGGUGGAGAGAGGAGGCGUGUAUCCAUAGGAAUGGAGUUGGUGCACAACCCGGCAGUGGUGCUGCUGGAUGAACCCACCAGUGGGCUGGGCUGCACGCACAACAACAAUCCCAUUUCCUCCCCUUUUUACUCGUUCUUCUGUCUUACCCUCAUCCCUCCUCCCACUCCUCCCCCUCUGCCCUGGCCUGGCCCAGGCUGUCGCCCACACAAGGAUCGGCAGCACAAGUGCCGGCAGCAGCAGAGGGAGGGGGCUGUCAGGCGGAGAGCGAAGGAGGGUGUCCAUUGGUGUCGACUUGGUGCACAACCCGGCAGUGGUGCUGCUGGACGAACCCACCAGUGGGCUGGACAGCGCUGCUGCUGCCAACGUGCUGGGCGUGCUGAGAGGCAUGGCGAAAGAAGGGGGAAGGACAGUCGUAUUGUCGAUACAUCAGGUGAGUUGGGGAGAGACAGGGGCAAGGGAGAUCGAGUAGAGGAAGACAAGGCUUGCGCUGCUGCUGCCAACGUGCUGGGCGUGCUGAGAGGCAUGGCCAAGGAAGGGGGAAGGACAGUUGUGCUGUCCAUACACCAGGUGAGCGGGGGAAGAGGAGACAAGAUGGGGGCUGCUGUUGCCAACGUGCUGGGCGUGCUGGGAGGCAUGGCUAAGGAAGGGGGAAGGACAGUUGUGCUGUCCAUACACCAGGUGAGCGGGGGAAGAGGAGACAAGAUGGGGGCUGCUGUUGCCAACGUGCUGGGCGUGCUGGGAGGCAUGGCUAAGGAAGGGGGAAGGACAGUUGUGCUGUCCAUACACCAGGUGAGCGGGGGAAGAGGAGACAAGAUGGGGGCUGCUGUUGCCAACGUGCUGGGCGUGCUGGGAGGCAUGGCCAAGGAAGGGGGAAGGACAGUUGUGCUGUCCAUACACCAGGUGAGCGGGGGAAGAGGAGACAAGAUGGGGGCUGCUGUUGCCAACGUGCUGGGCGUGCUGGGAGGCAUGGCUAAGGAAGGGGGAAGGACUGUUGUGCUGUCCAUACACCAGCCCAGCUUCCGCAUGCUUGAACUCAUCGACUCCCUCCUGCUGCUCUCCCGGGGCUCCGUGAUUCACUGCGGCCCUCUCUCCCUGCUCGAGGCUCGCCUUGCUGUUGCUGGCUGCACUGUUCCCAUGCGAGUCAACGCUCUUGAAUAUGCCAUGGAGGGCAUGGGGGUGAGUUGCCUUGUCACUCUCUCCUUUCUGUUCUCGGUGGGGUUCACUUGCCUCAACCCUCGGGUUCACUUCGCUCCUCUCUCCCUGCUCGAGGCUCGCCUUGCUGCUGCUGGCUGCACUGUUCCCAUGCGAGUCUACGCUCUUGAAUACACCAUGGAAGGCAUGGGAGUGAUCUGCCGCAACUUCAAGGCGCCUCAAAAGUUGUCCCUGCGCCCUCACCCUCGCCUUCCUUUUGAGGCGCCUGAAAAGUUGUCCCUGCGCCCUCACCCUCGCCUUCCUUUUGAGGCGCCUCAAAAGUUGUCCCUGCGCCCUCACCCUCGCCUUCCUUUUGAGGCGCCUCAAAAGUUGUCCCUGCGCCCUCACCCUCGCCUUCCUUUUGAGGCGCCUCAAAAGUUGUCCCUGCGCCCUCACCCUCGCCUUCCUUUUGAGGCGCCUCAAAAGUUGUCCCUGCGCCCUCACCCUCGCCUUCCUUUUGAGGCGCCUCAAAAGUUGUCCCUGCGCCCUCACCCUCGCCUUCCUUUUGAGGCGCCUCAAAAGUUGUCCCUGCGCCCUCACCCUCGCCUUCCUUUUGAGGCGCCUCAAAAGUUGUCCCUGCGCCCUCACCCUCGCCUUCCUUUUGAGGCGCCUCAAAAGUUGUCCCUGCGCCCUCACCCUCGCCUUCCUUUUGAGGCGCCUCAAAAGUUGUCCCUGCGCCCUCACCCUCGCCUUCCUUUUGAGGCGCCUCAAAAGUUGUCCCUGCGCCCUCACCCUCGCGUUCCUUUUGAGGCGCCUCAAAAGUUGUCCCUGCGCCCUCACCUUCGCCUUCCUUUUGAGGCGCCUCAAAAGUUGUCCCUGCGCCCUCAACCUCGCCUUCCUUUUGAGGCGCCUCAAAAGUUGUCCCUGCGCCCUCACCCUCGCCUUCCUUUUGAGGCGCCUCAAAAGUUGUCCCUGCGCCCUCACCCUCGCCUUCCUUUUGAGGCGCCUCAAAAGUUGUCCCUGCGCCCUCACCCUCGCCUUCCUUUUGAGGCGCCUCAAAAGUUGUCCCUGCGCCCUCACCCUCGCCUUCCUUUUGAGGCGCCUCAAAAGUUGUCCCUGCGCCCUCACCCUCGCCUUCCUUUUGAGGCGCCUCAAAAGUUGUCCCUGCGCCCUCACCCUCGCCUUCCUUUUGAGGCGCCUCAAAAGUUGUCCCUGCGCCCUCACCCUCGCCUUCCUUUUGAGGCGCCUCAAAAGUUGUCCCUGCGCCCUCACCCUCGCCUUCCUUUUGAGGCGCCUCAAAAGUUGUCCCUGCGCCCUCACCCUCGCCUUCCUUUUGAGGCGCCUCAAAAGUUGUCCCUGCGCCCUCACCCUCGCCUUCCUUUUGAGGCGCCUCAAAAGUUGUCCCUGCGCCCUCACCCUCGCCUUCCUUUUGAGGCGCCUCAAAAGUUGUCCCUGCGCCCUCACCCUCGCCUUCCUUUUGAGGCGCCUCAAAAGUUGUCCCUGCGCCCUCACCCUCGCCUUCCUUUUGAGGCGCCUCAAAAGUUGUCCCUGCGCCCUCACCCUCGCCUUCCUUUUGAGGCGCCUCAAAAGUUGUCCCUGCGCCCUCACCCUCGCCUUCCUUUUGAGGCGCCUCAAAAGUUGUCCCUGCGCCCUCACCCUCGCCUUCCUUUUGAGGCGCCUCAAAAGUUGUCCCUGCGCCCUCACCCUCGCGUUCCUUUUGAGGCGCCUCAAAAGUUGUCCCUGCGCCCUCACCCUCGCCUUCCUUUUGAGGCGCCUCAAAAGUUGUCCCUGCGCCCUCAACCUCGCCUUCCUUUUGAGGCGCCUCAAAAGUUGUCCCUGCGCCCUCACCCUCGCCUUCCUUUUGAGGCGCCUCAAAAGUUGUCCCUGCGCCCUCACCCUCGCCUUCCUUUUGAGGCGCCUCAAAAGUUGUCCCUGCGCCCUCACCCUCGCCUUCCUUUUGAGGCGCCUCAAAAGUUGUCCCUGCGCCCUCACCCUCGCCUUCCUUUUGAGGCGCCUCAAAAGUUGUCCCUGCGCCCUCACCCUCGCCUUCCUUUUGAGGCGCCUCAAAAGUUGUCCCUGCGCCCUCACCCUCGCCUUCCUUUUGAGGCGCCUCAAAAGUUGUCCCUGCGCCCUCACCCUCGCCUUCCUUUUGAGGCGCCUCAAAAGUUGUCCCUGCGCCCUCACCCUCGCCUUCCUUUUGAGGCGCCUCAAAAGUUGUCCCUGCGCCCUCACCCUCGCCUUCCUUUUGAGGCGCCUCAAAAGUUGUCCCUGCGCCCUCACCCUCGCCUUCCUUUUGAGGCGCCUCAAAAGUUGUCCCUGCGCCCUCACCCUCGCCUUCCUUUUGAGGCGCCUCAAAAGUUGUCCCUGCGCCCUCACCCUCGCCUUCCUUUUGAGGCGCCUCAAAAGUUGUCCCUGCGCCCUCACCCUCGCCUUCCUUUUGAGGCGCCUCAAAAGUUGUCCCUGCGCCCUCACCCUCGCCUUCCUUUUGAGGCGCCUCAAAAGUUGUCCCUGCGCCCUCACCCUCGCCUUCCUUUUGAGGCGCCUCAAAAGUUGUCCCUGCGCCCUCACCCUCGCCUUCCUUUUGAGGCGCCUCAAAAGUUGUCCCUGCGCCCUCACCCUCGCCUUCCUUUUGAGGCGCCUCUAAAGUUGUCCCUGCGCCCUCACCCUCGCCUUCCUUUUGAGGCGCCUCAAAAGUUGUCCCUGCGCCCUCACCCUCGCCUUCCUUUUGAGGCUCCUCAAAAGUUGUCCCUGCGCCCUCACCCUCGCCUUCCUUUUGAGGCGCCUCAAAAGUUGUCCCUGCGCCCUCACCCUCGCCUUCCUUUUGAGGCGCCUCAAAAGUUGUCCCUGCGCCCUCACCCUCGCCUUCCUUUUGAGGCGCCUCAAAAGUUGUCCCUGCGCCCUCACCCUCGCCUUCCUUUUGAGGCGCCUCAAAAGUUGUCCCUGCGCCCUCACCCUCGCCUUCCUUUUGAUGCGCCUCAAAAGUUGUCCCUGCGCCCUCACCCUCGCCUUCCUUUUGAGGCGCCUCAAAAGUUGUCCCUGCGCCCUCACCCUCGCCUUCCUUUUGAGGCGCCUCAAAAGUUGUCCCUGCGCCCUCACCCUCGCCUUCCUGCUCACUUGGAAGCCCUACCUGUGUCUCUUGAGGCAUGUGCCAAAAACCGAUCUCUUAUGUGGUUACGUCACCUGCCUGUAGCGGUGUUUCUGCCCUUCCUCCUGCUCCUCGCUCUCCUCUACUCCAUCCCGGCCUACCUCCUCGUUGGCCUACACGCCUCCCUCUCCGCCUUCCUCUUCUUCCUCCUUGUGGUGUGGGUGGUCCUGAUCGUCGCCAACGCUAUCGUUGCCUGCAUCGCGGCCAUGGCACCUGACUUCAUCACGGCUAACUCCAUGAUUGCUGGCCUUAUGGGGGCAUUCUUCCUCUUCUCCGGAUACUUCAUUGCCAAGAAGUACAUCCCCUCGUACUGGAUCUGGAUGCACUACCUGUCUGUCUUCAAGUACCCCUUGGAUGCUCUCAUAAUCAACGAGUACGGGAGCCAUAGUGACACCACCUUCGGGCUUGCAGGCACAGGAUCACAGGCGUGUGGAAUCAAUGCGGUGCUGUAUUACACCCCUACAAUUCUCAUGUCCUCUGGAGCUAGCGUCUUGGAGAAUUAUGGAUUGACAGCGGAAUCGUCAUCCAUGUUGGCAAGUGGCAUUACAGCUUUCCUUAUGCUGCCCUGCAUCUUUGCAGCUAUGUUGCUCAUGGAUUCUUUGGGUCGAAGGCAACUUCUUCUAUACACCACCCCUGUUAUUGGAGCAUCCUUGGCACUUCUAGUUUUCUGUUUCGAGGCACCUUCAGUCCUUAAAAUGGCUGCUCUGGCGAACGCUGCUGUGCUCCCCUCCACCUUCGUCGGCCAGAGCGCUGAGCUCGCCGCCAAGGUGAACAAUGUCGAGGCCCGCGUGACGAUGAGGAAGACCGCCAAGGCGGCUUCCAGCAGCGCCUUCUACGGCCCCGACCGCAACCUGUUCCUGGGCCCCUUCAGCUCCCCCCCCUCAUACCUCACCGGCGAGUACCCCGGCGACUACGGCUGGGACACCGCGGGUCUGUCCGCUGACCCCGAGACGUUCGCCAAGAACCGCGAGCUGGAGGUCAUCCACGCUCGCUGGGCUCUUCUCGGCGCGCUCGGCUGCCUCACUCCCGAGCUCCUCGCCAAUAACGGCGUGAACUUCGGCGAGGCCGUGUGGUUCAAGGCCGGCGCUCAGAUCUUCUCCGAGGGCGGCCUGGACUACCUCGGCAACCCCAGCCUGAUCCACGCGCAGUCCAUCCUGGCCAUCUGGGCCACCCAGGUCAUCCUCAUGGGAGCCGUUGAGAGCUACCGCGUGGGUGGCCUCGAGGGCUUCCAGGAGGUGGAGGACCCCCUGUACCCCGGCGGUGCCUUCGACCCCCUGGGUCUUGCUGACGACCCCGAUGCUCUUGCUGAGCUCAAGGUUAAGGAGCUGAAGAACGGCCGCCUCGCCAUGGUGUCGAUGUUCGGGUUCUUCGUGCAGGCGAUCGUGACCGGCAAGGGCCCUCUGGAGAACCUCUCCGACCACCUGGCCGACCCCACCGUCAACAACGCCUGGGCCUACGCCACCAACUUCACCCCCGGCGCUUAG